AAUACAGCUCCGGCGCAGUGAGCGAGAGUGAGACGGGGGAGUGGGGGGGGCAUUCCAACUCCGGCUUGACAUUCGACUCCUCAGCCUACAGACUGCAUUGGCGAAAGUGUAUGCAGGCUGGACUCUUUUCUUUCUCUCUGUAGCGCUUUGCUGUGAUUUUACCCCUGCCCCUCAGAGAAUACGCUCUUCUUCCCGUCUCUCAUCUGGAGUUCACACAGGAUACUUGGGCCUGCCUGGGAGUGGCCCCUCAGUCUGCCGCUGGAAUGUGCCUUUAGACGAGUGGGGAAACUGGCUUUGCUGCUGUUGGUUUUCCUCUCUUCCUCAGCUCUCCCUCCUGCUCCCACUCUCCUUGGGCUCCCUCUUAAGCUUCCUGCCAGGCACUCUGUGCUCAGUAUACAUUUUUUGGAUUACUCCUGGAUUUCUUCAUUUGGGUUCUCCACUGCUCAUCGUGCUUUUCCUGGGCUGCGUUUUAAAGGAUGUUUUUUGGCCUUUAAGCCACACGACUACUUUGUAGCAGUCAAUGAACAAACAUUUGGAUAGCUUGCAGGGUUUUGCAUGAGUGUGGGUAAGUGGCCAGGCCUCACCCUGAAGUGUCCUGGGAGUAUCUGGCAGUGGACCUGAGAGAGCUGGUGGAGCAGUAUUUUUAUCUGAGCCAGCACUGAGUGAGCAUAUCAGAUAUUAGACUGGCUGGGGGCCCUCUGUUAUGGGCUGUUUUGUUUCUAUGGAAAGAGCGCAAUGAAGAGUCGCUGCAAUCCCCAUGUCUCCCACCGCUAGGCUGCAGCCUGUCUACUCAUGGAAGGGGGUGUUCAAGCUCUUCACAUGCGUAGCUGCCCGAACGGCCAGCAAGCCUAAAGAGGUCCACACAUUUCAAGAGAAGAAAAUAGCCUUACUGGGGAAUCAUAUGGACGAAGAAAUGAGUCGCCAGACUGCCACCGCGCUGCCCACAGGAACCUCAAAGUGCGCCCCCUCCCAGCGUGUGAACACCACUGCCUCAAACAGUGACCUAGCCAGCCUGUUCGAGUGCCCGGUGUGUUUUGACUAUGUGCUGCCUCCAAUCCUGCAAUGCCAGAGUGGCCACCUGGUGUGCAGCAACUGCCGGCCCAAGCUGACGUGCUGUCCGACGUGCCGUGGCCCAUUGGGCUCCAUCCGUAACCUGGCCAUGGAAAAGGUGGCCAACUCCGUGCUAUUUCCAUGUAAGUACGCCUCGUCGGGCUGCGAAGUGACACUGCCGCACACAGACAAGGCUGAGCACGAGGAGCUGUGCGAGUUCCGGCCGUACUCCUGCCCAUGUCCGGGUGCGUCGUGCAAGUGGCAGGGCUCACUGGACGCCGUCAUGCCACACCUGCUGCACCAGCACAAGUCCAUCACUACACUGCAGGGCGAGGACAUCGUCUUCCUGGCCACGGACAUCAAUUUGCCCGGUGCCGUCGAUUGGGUCAUGAUGCAGUCCUGCUUUGGUUUCCACUUCAUGCUGGUCCUGGAGAAACAGGAGAAGUAUGAUGGGCACCAGCAGUUCUUUGCCAUCGUGCAGCUGAUUGGCACGCGCAAGCAGGCAGAGAACUUUGCCUACCGGCUGGAGCUGAACGGCCACCGGCGGCGCCUUACCUGGGAAGCCACGCCACGAUCCAUUCAUGAGGGCAUUGCAACAGCCAUCAUGAACAGUGACUGUCUAGUGUUCGACACCUCCAUCGCCCAGCUGUUUGCAGAAAAUGGCAACCUGGGCAUCAAUGUCACCAUAUCCAUGUGCUGAGGACUGUCAGAUACAUACUUGCACACAUACACAUAGGCAAACACUUAAACAUUUCACAGCAACCACAAGACACCCAGAGGUGUACAUUGGGUAGGGGUAUCUAACCUAGGAAGCUUCUCGCUGUUGUACGUUCCAAGUACUCAACAGAACUGACAUUUACCAACGCUUGGCACGUCCAGCAACUGGACAUUUUCCCAGGUUCUUAAUUUUAUGCUACAAUAUUAUAAUAAGUUAAAUAAUUAAACUAAUGUAUUCAACAUUUUUGAGAGCAAUUGCCCGCAAAGAUGAGCCUUGUGAAGUGGACUUUCUAGUUUGUUUGUGAAGAUGGGUGAAGGAAUGGCACAGUAGAACUGAGGGUUUGGGUGAACUCUAAAAGAUAGAAUUUUCCAGAUAUAUUGUUUCUUUUUUCUUUCCCCCAGACUCACUACAUUAUUAGUUCAAACGAAAACACUAACUUUUUUUUUUUAAGUUGAGUUUAUGCAGUUUUAGGUUUUAAUCAAACAUUAUCUUGUCUUGUCUGAUGCCCUUUCCCCUAAGAAAGAUGCUGCAGAUGUUUGCAUGACCACUGGCUGAGGCUUGGUGUGUUCAGAGUUCUUCUGAAAAUUGUAGUUUCUGCCUGAACCAUUGUGGAGAUUCUCCAGAGGUUUUCCUCAGUUGGGAUGAGGGGUUAUGAGAGGUUUCUGUACUUGAUGUGACCACAUCAGGUUUGACGUCCUCAAAGCAACUCUUCCCUUUUUAAAUGUUUAUCUUCUCCCAUACAAUAGCCUACUUUUUUUUCUGGACAGGUGCUAUUAACAGCGGUCUUGCGCCUGUGAAUGUUAAGUCAUUUGAAUGGAUCGUGCUUUAGUUUGACAGGUAAACACUUGCUCGUCUCGGUCAUGUGGAAAUGAUCUCUUCGUGCUGGGGGUGAGGCUCUCCUAAAUAUCAGACUAGAAGUGAGCUCAAUUUCUACCGUUAUUAUUGAGAUUAUUGUUAGCAUUUUGUAAUGACUUAUGAAAAAGGAAUGAAAAGGCUGUUGUUAACAUUGUGGCUAAUCGUCAGUGUUUGUAUAUAGUGUUGUUCUUCAGAAGACCUCAUGUCUUUUGUUCUCUUUUUUUUUUUGUAAGUACAGAUUUUUUUUGUUUUGUAUGUGUGUCUGUUUUUGUGAGGAGUGGGUGAAGAAAAACGCCAAAACAUCUCUGUGGAUACAUUGUACUGUUGCUGGUCCUGGUCUGUUUUUAUUUUUGUUUUAAUGUUUGUUUUGUUUGUUUUGGUCUAUUUUGCCAUUAAAUAAAUCUAUCUUUUUCAUA